AUGGGUACUGGAAAGAAGGAGGCCACUCGGCGCGAGCGCCAGGGAAAGACUGGCGAUGGCCUCGGAAAUGUCAGGGUCAAGGGCGAGAACUUCUAUCGGUACCGCAGCGAUGCGAAGAAGGUCAAGCACCUGAACAUGUACAAGGACGGCAAGGCGCAGAGGAAUGCCGAGGGAAAGAUUGUCAAGGCUGCGUCGUUCCAGUCGCGCGACAUCCCCAACGCCCGAAUCGAGCCGAACCGCAAGUGGUUUACCAACACCCGAGUCGUCUCCCAGGAUACCCUCAAGGCGUUCCGAGAGGCCAUGGAGGAGAAGGCCAACGACCCGUACCAGGUCCUGCUCAAGUCCAACAAGCUGCCCAUGAGCCUGAUUCGCGAUGGCAAGGACACCACCAACGGCAUCAAGCAGCACAAGGCCAAGAUGACUGUCGAGACAUCACCGUUCGCAGAAGUCUUUGGACCUAAGGCGCAGAGGAAGCGAGUCAAGCUUAGUGUCAGCAACUUGGAUGACCUGGCGGGCGACACUGAGAAGAGUAUGGACACCUACCAGGAGCGACUCGAACAGCAGAGGCUACUUAGCGGUGCCUCUGGAGACGCGGAGAACGUUGGCCUCGAUGACAAGCCACUCACGAUGGCGAUCGAGCCUGUGUUUGACAAGGGUCAGAGCAAGCGAAUCUGGAACGAACUGUACAAGGUCAUCGACUCUUCCGAUGUGGUCAUCCAUGUUCUCGACGCUCGAGAUCCAGUGGGAACACGGUGUCGCAGCAUUGAGAAGUAUCUCAAGGAAGAGGCUCCUCACAAGCACUUGAUCUUCGUCCUGAACAAGUGCGACCUGGUUCCUACCAGCGUUGCGGCCGGCUGGGUUCGCAGUCUAUCCAAGGAGUAUCCUACCUUGGCUUUCCACGCAAGCAUCACCAACUCGUUUGGUAAGGGCUCGCUCAUCCAACUCCUCCGACAAUUCUCCUCCCUGCACUCGGACCGAAAACAGAUCUCUGUUGGUUUGAUUGGUGGCCCCAACACUGGAAAGUCCUCCAUCAUCAACACUCUCCUCAAGAAGAAGGUUUGCAACGUUGCACCUAUUCCCGGAGAGACCAAGGUCUGGCAAUAUGUCAGCUUGAUGAAGCGCAUCUACCUGAUCGACUGUCCCGGUAUUGUUCCUCCUUCCAGCACCGACUCUCCUACCGACCUGGUACUUCGAGGUGUGGUGCGUGUCGAGAAGGUGGAACAUCCCGAGCAGUACAUCCAGCCUCUCUUGAACAGAGUCAAGCAGCACCAUAUGGAGAAGACAUAUGAGCUGAAGGGCUGGACAAACUCGACCGAGUUUCUGGAGCUUCUGGCCCGUAAAGCAGGUCGACUUCUCCGUGGAGGCGAACCUGAUCUGGAUGGAGUUGCCAAGAUGGUUCUGAACGACUUCAUGCGAGGCAAGAUUCCCUGGUUCACUCCUGCGCCAAAGGCCGAAGGUGAAACCGAGGACAAGGUUGGAGGCCGAGAGGGCAGACUGGGCGAGAUGCCUCGGAAGCGAAAGCAGGAAGACUCGGCUGAGGACGAGGAUGCCUCUGCCGAGGCACAGCUGCAACAGGAGCUUGAUGCUGCCCUCGAGAAGGCUGAGGAGCAAGGAUCAGAUGAUUCUGAUUCGGAGUUUGAAGGAUUUGGAAGUGACACCGAAGACGCGCGGUCAAGGAAGCCGUCUUUCGGAGCCACUGUGGACGAGGAGAGUGAAGGAGAGAGCGCCUCAGAGGAUGUGAUAUCGGUGGGCGGCUCGGAAGAGGAUGUGGUGGAGGAAGAAGAGGAAGAGGAAAAGGCCCCUGCGCCUACAGUCAAGAGUAAAAAGAAGGGAAAAGGCGGUCGACCUAACAAACGUCAAAGGACAUGA